AUGGCGAAUAAAAAGGUCAGAGAUUUCUUUGCUUGGACCGACGACGAGGUGGAACUGUUACUGAAGAAACGUGAUGUCUCUGGGAGUUGGACCAGCGACGUGGUGGAGGCUGUGGAACCAGUCGCUGGCUUGCCUGACACUGGGUCUUUGUCCAUGCCUAGUGGGGAGCGAGUUGCAGAGGAUGCUGCAGAGAUGGCGGAGAAUCAAAAACAAAGACUCAGUGCUACUGUGAGUGGCUACAGGAGGGAGAGACUGAGGAGAAAACUUCCCUUGGAUUCGGUUGCACAGGAUCUUCAGCUAAAGAGGCGGCUUCUUCAGCGGUUAGACGCCACUGAGAAUGAAUUUGUACAGAAAAUGGGUCACUGGUCAUCUUUGAUGGAUCGUCUGAACUCGAAUAUUGAGCUGCUGGUGCAGCAUAUUGUGGGUGCAGAUGGUUGGUGUAAGUCAUUGGUCGAGGAUGCACAGAGUGAGGAAGAGAGACAACGCAACGGUUCACCAGGUGGCCCCUUCAUCACAGCAGUCAUACACACUGAUCCCCCUCAGGAGUCAGGUGUCCCCCUCAUCAAUGGAGGUAUUAAAGAAGAAAAUGGAGAGGAGUUCAUGUAUAGUGAUGGAAGAACAGAUGGACAGAGAGAAAUCAAAGCAGAAACAGGAAAUUCUUCUAGACCUUUAUCUGCACCAGCUGCCUCAUCCCCAGACAUCAAGCUUGACAUUGUUAGUAAAACUAAAGACAAUGAAUCAGUCAGCAGUCACAAUGCCAACCUCAGUAUUUCCCCUGUGCUGUUACUCCCUGUGACAGACACAAGUUUUGCUGGUGACAUGAUAGCUGACUGGGAGAAAGAAGAUUUUGAAUCGAAGCAUUGUGGAAAAAAGAAAGAAUGGAAGAGAGAAGAGCAUCUCGACACGUCAAGCUCUGAAGUCAGUGUUCAGUCUAUUGCAACUGUAAAUUUCAGAGACAUCAUCUCAAACAGAGCAACCACUCAGCAGGGUAUUAAAGAGGAAAGAAUAGAAGCAAUGAGCCCUUCCACUGAACCUCAGAGUGUGCUGGGUGACUGUCAGUAUGAUAACCCAGGGCACACAGAUGCCACCACCCUUGGCCACGAUGCAACACAAUUACAAGCGAUGAAGCUAGAGAUGAGGGAUUCCCAAACAACACAAGUGUCAGACAGCAUUCACUCAUCAGUCAUGGAGGAGGGUCCGUCCUCUAGGCUCUCUGCUAACAUAAAUCUGGAUACAAUGGACCUUGAUCAGUUAAAGAGAGAGAAAAUAAAAAUGCAGUUGAAAGUAUUAAAAUUACAAGAGGAAUAUUACACUCGGAAACUGGAAGAAUUUAAAAAGUGAAAUUGUUCUCCUGUAAAGUGGUACAAACCUGCAUGGUAAGCAUACAUUCAAGCACAUUGUUUGAGUUGAUUGAUUGAUUAAUGAUAUAUAGGUAUAUGAUUAUGAGAUGGGAAAAAUAACAAUGCAAUCACUCAGGGAUCACAGAGGCUUUACUUUAUUGAUUUACAAAAAGCAUUUGAUGCUUUGAUUUUAUAUAUAUAUAUAUAUAUAUAUAUAUAUAUAUGAUACAAUGAUACACAUUGUAUUUGUUAUAUGAAUCUGAUUCUAGUAUAUUACCAAGGUUCUUGGACUCAUCAAUACUGUUUUGUUUACAUAAAGAACCAUGAUGGAAAUUA